AUGAGGUUUCUAGUGGUAUUGUCCAUGGGAUUCUACAUAUUUCACAGCAUCUUGGCGCAAAGUGAAUCCGAUGCUGACUUUAAACGUGUUGAGCAUUGUAUCCCUAUGAGUCCAGAAAAAGAAGAAGAAAUCAACAGAAUAAUUGAUAAACUAACUGAUUUCGUAAACGAUAUUAUGCUGGAACAUGAAGAUUUAGACAUACGGCUCGUCAAAUUUGAAAUUGAAUCACAUUCAGAAGAUGAAAGUGAAGAAAAGGACAUUCAGUUACAAGUAUCUGUCAAUAACUGUCCCGAGGUAUACGAUUCACAUACAAACAUAGAGGAGAUAGAUAGAGAAAUAGUACAGGAGAAUUCUGAAACUGAUCAUUCUGAAACUCAUCAUUCUAAUAAUAUAAAUAAUGAUUCUAAAGAAGCAAUAGAAGAAGAGAAAACAAACAAUAAUAACGAAGUAACUCAAACUAUUGAUUCUUCUAAAGAAAUUAAUCAAGAGAUUGAAAACAGUAAUUCAAAUAUUGAAAAACUAAUUGAUUCCACUGACGUUAAUGAUUAUCAUCACGUCAAUAGAGUACCACAGGUAUUAAUAUUAAAUCUCGAAGAGAACGGAAGAAAUCUUUUAGAAGUAUUAGAAAAACGGAGGAGAAAGGUUGACCCCUUAUUGGUAUAUGUGGAAGAACAAAAGCAACAAAUUAAUAGAGUAAUUGUUAUACCAGGCAAUAUUCAAAGUAAUGAUACAUCGAAAGAAUUUGGUCAUGAGUCGGAAAAAUUACCAGAAGAAGGUAAUGACAAUGAUAAUACCAAUGACAAGGAUGAUAAUCAUCAAACCAAAAUUGAGAAAAGCAAUACUACUAUUUCCUCUGGCACUGAUCAGGAAUCAGCUAGUACAAAUUUUGAUAAAGAAAAUAAAAAUGAUACUGUAAAUGUCAAAAAGCAAAAAGAACAGACAGACAAAGAAAUUUUACGUAAUGAUUUAGAAACAAACGAGUCACAUCAAGAUUCUGAAAAACCAUUAGAUAAAGGUAUUAAGGAUGACAGUACAUCAAACAAUGAAAUUGAAAAGGAAGAAACCACUACUAUUAAUAACGAUACCGAUAAUCAAUCUGGAAAAGUGCAAAAGGAACACAUAGACCAGGUAGUUAUAGCUGAUAAUCCAGAAACAAGUGACUCACGUAAUGAUUCUAUAAAGUUACUAGAAGAAACUAGUAGUAAAGAUGAUGUAAAACAAGAUGCUACGCCAAACAAAGAAGUUAGUACUGUUAAUUCUUCUGACGAAAAUGUUAAUCAACCUCCAAAUAUUUGUCAAGAUGAAAAUGAAAAUAAAAGCCGACUACCACAAUUACAUAUAUUGAAUCUUCAAGAAAACGGAAGAAAUCUUCUACAGUCCCUAGAGAAGAGUGGAAAGAAAGUCAAUCCUUUAUUGGUGUAUGUACUUAAUAAAAAAGACCAAUUCGCCAAUGUAAUUAUACCAGAGCUUACCAAAACAAAAGAAUCAUCAGUAAAUAAUGAUACAAGAUCUGAAGGAAGUAAUCUCGUGUAUAAUGACGUCAUUAACGGUAAUCUGCAAGAGAAAAGACCACCACAAUUCAUGAUAUUAAAUCUACAAGAAAAUGGAACAAAACUUUUAAAGGUUCUAGAGAAGAGUGGAAAAAAAGUCAAUCCCUUAUUUGUAUAUGUACAGGAGCUAAAUGGAGAGUAUAGUUUCGUUCUGCUUUAA